GUUGUGCUGCUGGUAACUGGGGUGGUUGAAGAUUUUCGUGAGGAGGCUGAUAAGAAGGCUGAGAUUAUUUUUUGGGUAGGUCGUUCCUUCCGUUCGGAGAAACUUUUAAGGUAGCCGGAAAAUCAAUGUUCCGCGGUUGCUAGAUUUUGGGGGUCCCGGUUAGUAUGGCUUCAGGACGACGACACAAGGAGAGGAACGUAAAUCUCGACGACGACGCAGUUAUGUUGCCGCUGAGGUUACAAUGCUUUAAGCCCGUCGUGGCAGCACGCCAAUUAGGCCUCUGCGCCCGUGCAGCUUUCUCCACCGGCACCAGGUCCUUCGCUGACUCCUCCUCCUCCUUUACCUCCCCAACAGGUGCCAGCCAACCCGCCCCCCGCGCCAACUUCAACCCCCGCCCCCGCACCCUCUCCCCCGGCAACGAGCGCGCCUCCCAAAACCUGCUCUCGCUAAUCGACCGCACCGCGCAGCGCAAGGAGCGACAGCGCACCCAGCGCACCGCCGCGCACGCGGGUGGCAGCUCGGCUGAGGAUCUGGCGCGCCACAAGAUGGCGACGAAGGUCACGAAGCAGAUCUCGAGGCGAUGGAAGACUGGGGAUGUGUACGCGCCGCAUGAUUUGAGCGAGGUGGAGAUGAAGAAGUGGAAGCAGAGGGGGAAGCCGGCGGUGGAUGUUUUUGAUGUUUUGGAGCUGGAUCCGUUGGUGGAGUAUCGCAAUUUCGCGAUGCUUUCGGAGUAUAUGACGCCCAUGGGAAGGAUUAUGCACUCGAAUGAUACGGGGUUGCGUAGUAAGAACCAGAGGAGGAUUGCUAAGGCUAUUCGCCGUGCUGUUGGCAUGGGAUUCAUGCCGUCGGUGCAUCGUCACCCAGAGAUCUUGAUGAAGGAGAGCACGAGGAGGAACGAGCCGCUUAGCCGUGAGACGAAGGCUUAAGCGGAUUGAUUUGAUGGAGAUGGGAAUGGCACCUGUAUGUUAAGUUGUGUACAUGGUACGUGGCUUGUGGGAAUAUAAGAUGGACUCGAGGGGAGAAGCAUUUAGAAGGACGAUGUAAAACACAGGGUUGUCCGUUGUACAAUAUAAAUCUUUUAAGAGCACACUCUCUUAUGUUGAAUUUGUCAAUUCUAUACACUAUAUCUCAAGC